AUGUCUUUCCUACUCCUUCUCUCUCUUCCCCUGCUCUCCUUCGCAGUUCAAGUCAAAAACCUGGUUACCUUUGGGGACAGUUACACCGACAUCACCACCAUGGGCGAUGGCGGGACAAUGUGGCCCGUCUAUGCAGCGGGGUACGCCAACCUCAGCCUGUACCCUUUUGCGCGCGCAGGGGCAACAUGCUCCAACAAGAUUACGCCCCGUCCCUUUCCGUCGAUAUUCGAGAGCCAGCUUCCGUUGUAUUUCGCGGAAAAGCACAAUGGCUCGAUCACGCUGGGCCCGGAGGAGACGCUCUACACACAGUGGAUAGGGACCAAUGAUGUGGGGGUGUAUUCGUUGGUGACAGGGAGCAAUAACGCGUCGAUCGUAGACGUGGCGGGCUGUAUGGUAGAUUGGGUGCGGGUACUGUAUGAGGACGGGGCGAGGAUUUUUUUGCUUCAAAAUAUGGUCCCGCUGAAUGAGACAAUCCUGUACGCGCCAUACUCGUACCCAAACUUUUACUUCAACGGGCCGCGGAACACGACAGAAUGGAGCGUGUUUAUCCGCGAGCUGGUGUUGAGUGGGAAUGCGCUGUCGCGCGCGAUGCUGCAGGCUUUGGUACCAGAAGUUCCGGGUGCCCAUAUCGGGAUCUUCGACUCGCAUGGGCUGUUUCAGGAUAUACAUGAUAACCCGGCAAUGUAUUUGAAUGGAACGGCGCCACUGAAUGUGACGGGUGCAGUGGUGUCGUGCGUGUAUCCAGAAGAAGGCGAGACUGGUAGUGUCCAGUGCACGACGGUGUUCGGGACGGAUCGGGAUAGUUAUCUCUGGUAUGACGAGCUGCAUCCAAGCGAGCAGGCGGACCGAAUCGUAGCGAAGCAGAUUGCACAGGUUGCCAGAGGAGACGAGAAUAAAUGGACGACCUGGAUUUCAUGA